AUGCCCAUAAAACAGCUCUAUCAGAGUGUUGUCUAUGGUAUUUCGCGGUCGGCGGGUGCUAUUUUAUCUGUGGCAACAGCGGCCACGGUGCGCCGCGUCGCUCUUUAUCGUUUCGCUGACGCACCCCAGCCGACGGACUAUUUCGGUGCCGGUGCACGGGGGUCGUUAUUUCCACUCCGCGACUCCGCGAUACCGAAGCGGCAGCCGUCGCGUUAUCUGCCCACGCCGUUC